CUUCGUUGGGUUAAAAUAUUGUUCAAUACGGCAGUAUAAAUAAGUUUUUUUAGUUAUCAAAGUUUACUAAUACUAGGACAAGUUAGGUAGUGUGGAUGACUUACUGAAGAUUAAAAACAAGCACAGCUUGAGGCAUGAAGGAGCAUUUAAUUGAACCAGAGGUGAUACAGACCCGGAGGAGCCGAUUUCUGCUGGUUCUGGGCGUGAUCUUCCUUAUCUUAACGGCCUCUGGGCUUGUCUUCAUGGGGGUCUAUGUAGCCAUCAAGGUGGAAUCACAGGCACCAGACCCGAACCAGAAAUGCCCUGUACAGCAGCAACCUUGUUUAUUUCAGCUCGUUGAAAGCAUCCCGGAGAACCUGACAUACCAAUCCGGCCCCACAAUCCACCCCUCAACGUAUAUGGGCAUUCAGCAGCUGAUUGACAUGGCCCAGGACACCAUCGAGAUUGCAAGCUUCUACUGGACCCUUAGGAACCAGGACCUCCCGGUACAGGACCCCUCAUCCUGGCAGGGGGAGAAGAUAUUUGAGAACCUUGUGUUUGCUGGGAAGGAGAAGGGCAUCAAGAUCCGGAUUGUUCAGAGCCGACCAGACGGAGGAAGUCCUGUCAACGAUACCCUGUACCUCACUCAGAAUGCUGGGGCAGAUGUGCGCACCAUAGAUUUUAAUAGAUUGCUAGGCAGUGGGAUUCUGCAUACAAAGAUGUGGCUGAUUGACAGGAAACAUUUCUACCUUGGAAGUGCAAACCUGGACUGGAGAUCAUAUACACAGGUAAAGGAGAUGGGAGCGACCGUCCAUCAGUGUGAUUGCCUGGCUAGGGACCUGGGGAAGAUAUUUGAUGCCUACUGGUACCUUGCCACGCCCGAUUCCUCCAUCCCGUCCUCCUGGCCUGACAGUUAUAAUACCCUGUACAAUGCAAAAAACCCUAUGGUGGUCAACUUCAAUGGGACUGAAUAUAACACCUAUCUCUCUAGUUCUCCACCACCCUUAUGUGGCCUUGGUCGAGACAAAGAUGGCGACGCCAUUGUUAACAUCAUCAACCAGGCUGAAGAAUACGUCCACAUAGCUGUCAUGGACUACUUUCCCACAACACAGUUCAUACACCCUAGAAAGUAUUGGCCAGUGAUUGAUGAUGCCAUCCGUGCAGCAGCAUUUGACCGACAUAUCCAGGUGCGCCUGCUCUUCAGCUACUGGAAUAACACAUGGUUGGAGAUGUUCAGAUACAUGUACUCCCUACAGGAACUGCAGCUAUACACCAAAUAUCUCAAAAUCAACAUUGAAGUUAAGCUAUUUGUAGUGCCAGCAUAUACAGAUGCUCAGAAGAACAUACCAUAUAGUCGAGUGAACCAUAACAAGUACAUGGUGACAGAUAAAACAGCCUAUAUUGGAACAUCCAACUGGUCAGGUGACUACUUCAUUACAACAGCGGGCAUUGGCUUGGCAGUGGAUGGCAGCAGUCUGGGUAACCAUAGCGACAUACGUCAGCAGCUCGAGGAUGUGUUUCAGCGAGAUUGGUACUCCGAACACGCCUUUUCACUUGACCAUUUUAACAUUACUCAUAGCUGACCAGUGUGAUAAUCAGCAGAGGUUUGUCUAUAAACUAUGAUGAGUGUGUAUGGAAAAGUCAGGGUUCCAAACUUCUUUGGCAUGUUCAACUAAAUUAAAGACUUUUAAUUUAUAUGUAAUUUCUCAAUCCAGUAAUGUUGUUAAGAUGUCUACAAUGAGACUCAUUAAACCAACAUCAGAAACACUCUACAGCACCAUUAUUAUGUAAUUGUUAGUAACUACUACUAAACUAUUCUUGCUAUUUUCAAUUUGAUGAUUUCAUUACUAGACAGCUUCAAUAUAACUGUUUGAUUAAAGGUCGCCUGUUGUCGGCAUCGGUGCUAUGUCUCACAUUGUCAUGUCUGGUCCUUUACUUGAGCAUUUGUUAUCCAAUCGUUACUACACUGGGUUGCAAUAUGUAUAGUCCCAUUAUGUUAUAGUGAUGUAAACUUUUCGUAUGUAUGUCCAAAUGAUUUCCUUUUUUAACCCACUGAAUUAUGAAAAAAAUGCAUUUAUUGCAAUAACAAAAUGCAACAAAACAAAAGUAUGAUAUAAAUUUGGCACGCACAACAUCAUUACGAAAAUUGCAUAUCAUGUGACUUUAUGAAAAUCUUAAAUUAUAUGUUGCUUUAUAUUCUAAUGAUUUGCGUUUGCAAGAAGUUUUGGUUUAUUUAUUUUUUCAAACAAAAUAAUAAUUCUUACACUGUUAUUUUCAUAAAUAUGUUCACUUGAAAUUUAAUUAUAUUAACUGAUGGAGGUAAUAUAUGAAAAUAUGUAUUUACACAGCACUCAAUCAUGUUUUGGACCAAUAAAUAGUUAUUCUCUUAAUGCAUCUGAAAACCUUUAUUGUAUCAUUAUUUAAUUCUAUGAUAUUGAAAUGGCAGAAAAAAUAGAGUUACAGUAUGAAAAUUAUUUUGGUUUUAGUGGGGUGUGAACCCAAGUCGAUAAAAGUCAAUAAAAAAUUAAAAAAUCAAUGCCGGAAUCACUAAGCCACCAGUACUUUUACAAAAGUAAGCAAUAUUUUGAAAUCUAAAUAAUACAUUGAUAUCAUCACGUGAUAAUGUCAUUCAACCAAUCACGCAACAAAAAAGAUGUAAUUAAGUUGUUAUAACAUGUUGACACUAAUAUGCAAACUGUGGUAUUCAAAGAUGAUAUUUGAGCAUAUAUCAACAUUUGCUGACAGGUCUCAGCUUUUGGUAUCUAAGUUUUAACACUCCUGAUGAUUUGCCACACUUUAUUUCAAAAUUGUAUUUUACAUAAACAUGAGUGAGUACGUAUCUGUGAUUCUUCACCUAUCAACAUUGAUAAUUGUUCAUGCGAAAAUACUUACAUCACGUUUAUUUUAAAAACAGGAGUUUUUUUUCUUCAUGUGAAAUUUUAUUUUAAAAUGUUCAGUAUUCCUGUAGUUAUUUCUCCAGUCUUAUCUUGCAACUGCUCAGUUAUUGUUGCAAAGCGCUAUGUUCGGCCCACUUAUCUACCUCAUUAGCAUUAUAGUGAUUCAAGGAAGGCAUCGUGUGGACAUUAUAUGAGCCUCUAUCAUAGCUUUACACUCGCUUUUAUUUUUUCCUCUUAUUAUUUAUCCAAAGUGGCGCUGGGACUUGAAGUGCAUUAAUAUCUCAAACAUAUUUAAGAUACCACAAGAUAACACCAUAUACUCAGAGAUCAAAAUUUAGACAAACAUGUAUUGCUCUCGUAACAUCAGUCCUACUCAUAAUAAUUGCUUAAUCAUUUUCCAUUUCAAAAUAGGGUACCCAAUGUUAUUUAUUCUGGCAUUUUUGUAAUACUUUCAUCGUUGAUAGUGCGCAUGUUUUUUUGUGGCAAAUUUUUUGUGACAUUUGUUUUAUGUUGCUAUGCAUUUUUUGGUGCCAUGUAAAUUAUAACAUUCCCACCUUUUCUCUAAGAUAUGCUUGGAUUGUUAUUUUUUUUUGUUGAAAAUAAAAUGUAUGACUUUG